UCAGCCUUCACUACCGCCACAACCAUCACCAACUCAGCCUUCACUACCUCAAACUCAGCCUUCACCACCACCAACUCAGCCUUCACCACCACCAACUCAGCCUUCACCACCACCAACUACUCAGCCUUCACUACCAUCACCAACUCAGCCUUCACCACCACCAACUCAGCCUUCACCACCACCAACUCAGCCUUCACCACCAACUACUCAGCCUUCACCACCACCAACUCAGCCUUCACCACCACCAACUCAGCCUUCACUCCCACCAACUACUCAGCCUUCACUACCACCAACUCAACCUUCACUAUCACUAACUCAGCCUUCACCACCACCAACUCAGCCUUCACCACCACCAACUACUCAGCCUUCACUAUCACUAACUCAGCCUUCACUACCACCAACUACUCAGCCUUCACUACCACUAACUCAGCCUUCACCACCUCCAACUCAGCCUUCACUACCACCAACUACUCAGCCUUCACUACCACCAACUACUCAGCCUUCACUACCACCAACUCAGCCUUCACCACCAAAUCAGCCUUCACCACCACCAACUCAGCCUUCACCACCACCAACUACUCAGCCUUCACUACCAACUACUCAGCCUUCACUACCACCAACUCAGCCUUCACAACAACCAACUACUCAGCCUUCACCACCACCAAAUCAGCCUUCACUAUCACUAACUCAGCCUUCACCACCACCAACUCAGCCUUCACCACCACCAACUCAGCCUUCACUACCACCAACUCAGCCUUCACUACCACCAACUACUCAGCCUUCACUACCACUAACUCAGCCUUCACCACCUCCAACUCAGCCUUCACUACCGCCAACUACUCAGUCUUCACCAUCACUAACUCAGUCUUCACCACCACCAACUCAGCCUUCACUACCACCAACUCAGCCUUCACUACCACCAACUCAGCCUUCACUACCAUCAACUCAGCCUUCACCACCACCAACUCAGCCUUCACCAUCACCAACUCAGCCUUCACUACCAUCAACUCAGCCUUCACUACCAUCAACUCAGCCUUCACUACCAUCAACUCAGCCUUCACCACCACCAACUCAGCCUUCACCAUCACCAACUCAGCCUUCACUACCACCAACUCAGCCUUCACUACCACCAACUCAGCCUUCACCAUCACCAACUCAGCCUUCACUACCACCAACUCAGCCUUCACUACCACCAACUCAGCCUUCACUACCACCAACUCAGCCUUCACCACCACCAACUCAGCCUUCACCAUCACCAACUCAGCCUUCACUACCACCAACUCAGCCUUCACCAUCACCAACUCAGCCUUCACUACCACCAACUCAGCCUUCACUACCACCAACUCAGCCUUCACCAUCACCAACUCAGCCUUCACUACCAUCAACUCAGCCUUCACCACCUUUGACUCGACCACCAUCAUUGACUAA